CGAGGAAAGUAAGAAAGCGGAUAGGGCAAAAAUAAUACAACUCUCAUUCCCUCUCUAAAGCUAAAUCUCUUCUCCAAUUUCCUUCUCUCUUUCUCUCAGCUCGUUGCAAAUGGCUGAAGCCUCUAAAGUCAUUCAUGUUCGCAAUGUUGGCCAUGAAAUUUCUGAAAAUGAUUUGCUUCAACUUUUCCAGCCAUUUGGAGUUAUAACAAAACUUGUAAUGCUCCGUGCAAAGAAUCAGGCUCUUCUUCAAAUGCAAGAUGUUCCUUCAGCCAUCAAUGCGAUGCAGUUUUACACUAAUGUUCAACCAACUAUUAGGGGGAGGAAUGUAUAUGUUCAAUUCUCAUCACAUCAAGAACUAACAACAAUGGAUCAGAAUACUCAAGGACGAGGUGAUGAGCCGAAUCGAAUCCUCCUGGUUACAAUCCAUCAUAUGCUUUAUCCUAUUACUGUGGAAGUGCUACACCAGGUUUUCUCACCUCACGGAUUUGUGGAGAAGAUCGUCACCUUUCAAAAGUCGGCUGGCUUUCAAGCCCUGAUCCAGUAUGAAGGACGCCAAAAUGCUAUCUCAGCUAGAACUUCUCUUCAGGGUCGUAAUAUUUAUGAUGGCUGCUGUCAGCUUGACAUACAGUUUUCUAACCUUGAUGAAUUACAAGUCCAUUACAAUAAUGAUCGAUCCAGGGAUUUUACAAACCCAAAUCUCCCAACGGAACAGAAGGGCAGAUCAUCACAGCAUCCUGGGUAUGGUGAUGCAGGAGUUGGAUUCCCGCAGAUGGCUAAUGCAGCUGCAAUUGCAGCAGCUUUUGGUGGAGGUUUGCCUCCAGGAAUAACUGGGACAAAUGAUAGGUGUACAGUUCUUGUUUCCAAUUUAAACCCUGAUAGAAUAGAUGAGGAUAAGCUAUUCAACCUGUUCUCACUGUAUGGAAAUAUUGUGAGAAUUAAACUUCUUCGUAAUAAACCAGAUCAUGGUCUUGUUCAAAUGGGUGAUGGCUUCCAGGCUGAAUUGGCAGUACAUUUUCUCAAGGGGGCUAUGCUAUUCGGGAAGCGACUGGAGGUCAACUUUUCAAAACAUCCGAACAUAAUACAAGGAGCUGACACCCAUGAAUAUGUGAACUCGAAUCUCAACCGCUUUAACCGCAAUGCUGCCAAGAACUAUCGCUACUGCUGCUCUCCGACAAAGAUGAUUCACCUUUCCACUUUACCUCAGGAUGUAACCGAAGACGAAAUCGUGAAUCACUUGGAGGAGCAUGGUGCCACCGUCAAUACCAAGCUCUUUGAAAUGAACGGUAAGAAGCAAGCCCUCAUCAUGUUUGAAAACGAGGAGCAAGCUACCGAAGCCCUUGUUUGCAAGCACGCAACCUCACUCGGUGGCUCAAUAAUCCGGAUCUCGUUCUCUCAGUUGCAGACCAUAAGAGUGAACUCACAGUAAUAGUUUUACGGUAAGGAGUUGCAGUGGUACUGACAUUAAGAAUUCAUUAUCACCCAGGAUAUUAUUAAUUUCGGGUUUUAGGUUAAUCUUUUUUUCUCUUUGUGUGGUUUUAACGCGUUCUAAUUGCUUUUAUGUUGCUGGAUACUUCCCCUUGUUUCUUCAUAUUCAUGUAUUGUAUGGCACUUGAUCACUUUAGGGUCUAAUAAUAUCAGGGUAGAUUGUUAUUAUGCGGAUAAUGGCCAGUUUUUGAGGAGAUAGGGAGAGAGGAACUAUAGCUGCAAUUG